CGGUACUAAAAUAUUGAAUCGGUUUCGAUGUCUGCCCAAAGCCAUAUUACCAAGAAGUGCGCGUAUUUUCUUUAUAGGCAAGAAACCUUUGGAAAAAUGUGUGCGUAGUGAAACCAUUCAUCUUCGCGUAAUCGUAUGUAUCGGUAGUCCGUGCGAAAUUAGUCUAAUUAAUUUUGACGUAUUUUCUAUAAAAUUAACAAAACACCAUGGAUAAGAGAAAAAUGUCCACUUCGGGGGAUUCCCUCUAUCAAAUUUUGGAUAUCCCUAAGACAGCAACGCCUGAAGAAAUAAAGAAAACUUACAGAAAACUAGCGCUUAAAUAUCAUCCUGAUAAAAAUCCAAAUAAUCCUGAAGCGGCAGAGAAGUUUAAGGAAAUAAAUAGAGCGCACGCCAUAUUAACGGAUUUAACAAAACGUAAUAUAUACGAUAACUAUGGAUCUCUUGGCUUAUACGUUGCCGAGCAAUUUGGAGAAGAAAAUGUUAAUGCUUACUUUGUUGUAACUUCAGGAUGGUGCAAAGCACUACUUGUAUUUUGUGCAAUAAUCACCGGUUGUUACUGUUGUGCCUGUUGUUGUUGUUGCUGCAACUGCUGUUGCGGGAAAUGCAAACAGGCACCUCCUGAAGACAGUGGUACAUACCAUAAUUUACAGCGGGACCAGAAUCCGGAGGUCGAUGUUGUGACAAGUCAACCCUUAGGGUUCUCAAAGGAGGAAGAAAGUGACGAAGAACCAGUGACCGUUCAACCUCAGGGUGGUGCAUCGCAGGGUGCAACUUCUAAUCCUCAACAAGUCUUUGCCAUGCCACCACCUCCAUCUGCAGCUCCAGUGAACGAGAGUACGAACUUGAACAGUGGCGGAGAACGUGUGAUUUAUACUACCGCUGCUUCGACGAAUCCUUUCAUAGCAUCAACAACUGGAGCAAGCAUUGGUACAGGACCAACUAAAUGGUAGUCGUCCAUCGACUGAAAGAAAGAAAACUACUGAUUAAUAGCUACGUUGCGAUAGAUCAUGAUGAUGAUGAUGAUAAAUAAUCUAUUUCCUAACGACUAAAGUCACAGACACUUGCGUAAUUAAUCAAAUCGUCCGUGAUGGAAUUAUUAUGUGCUUCUUCUUCUUCUAAUUACUAUUACAAUACACGACACAUAAACUCUUUUCGCUUUUCUUUCUCUAGAUUCUAAAUGCUCGUGCUUUUUUCGAGAAUUGAAGAAAAGAAAAGAGAGAAACAUAAAAAAAAAAGAAAGAAAGAAAACAAAAAAAUAUAAUAAUAAUAAUAAUAAUAAUAAUAAUAAUAAGCACUUAAGUCGUUCUUCCCUUAUAUCGCACUUCCUUUAUGUGUAUUACUUAAUUAAUUCAUUUAUUAAUUAUUAUUGUUAGCGAAUAUAUUACAUCUCGUUUCUCUAAUCUUGAAUCAAAGAGAGAAUUCAUAUUAAACGCCGCUCUUUUAUGUUAUCAUUUCAAAAGUAGUAAAUAUAUUAUAAAUUAACAAUAUUGUCUAAUAUUUGCAUUUUUGGUGGAUAUACAAACAAAUAAAAAAAAGAAGAAAGAAAAUAAAACAGAUAUUUUCACGAUCGAAAUAAUAUAAUCGUUCUCAACAUACUCUAUUCGUUCUCUUUCGUCUAAUGAUAACAAAAAGCUCUACCUAUCAACGUGUCGAAAAAAGUUACAUGUUCUUUUACAUUAUUCAAGAGAAUACUUAGAAGAUAAAUCAAAUUGUUUAGGAUUAAGGAGAGGAAGAAAUAAAUUUAAAAAAAAGAAAAAAAAAAAAGAAAAAAAAAAGAAAAAAGCAAACAAAAGCGAAAAUAAUAAUUACAAAAAAAAAAAAAAGUAAAUAUAAUUAAAAAAUUUGCAAAGUUUACUAUAUACGAUGUCGCAACGAUAUAAUACAAAAAUAUAAAAUAUCAAAAAUCUCGAAAUCGUUGUAAUCUACUAUGUUUGAUGUACUGUUGAACGGUGCAUUCCAUUUAAUUUUAAGAGUUUAACCUUACAAAUCCUUCGAGUUAUUUAUGUACGAUAUACAUAUAUACGAAAUAAUAAAAAUGAAAAAAAAAAAAAAAA